AUGAAUUAUGUAUUACAUCUUCUAAUCAGUAUUGGGCUAGCUCAAUCAUUGACGCCGAACGUCGAAGCACUGGUUCCGUGCUUCUUGUGUGGUGUCCCAGACUCGUUGGGGUCAUCCAAGGAUUGCAUGCUAGAUGAAACUGGAACGACAUGUUUUGAUGUGUACAAGAGUAUUUUAAUUGCUGAAGACCUAGAAACCUGCAAUGCGAAUCGGGCCAAGUACCAAGAGAUUUGCUGCGGCGAUGGUGAUCUAAGCCUUUGUUACACCGGACCAACACUCGCCCCAGUUUACAUGGGGGAGACGGGAGACGAGCCUAGCUGUAAAUUAUGUGGCACCGAUGAAUACCCAGGUUUGCCUCAUUAUACAUUCUCAACACGAUAUCUUGGCACUUUUAGUUGCGCCGCCUAUUACGAUCGCGGUCGCCACGGUCUCGUCCCUGCUUAUUUGUGUGGACCACUGCAAAAAUACGCGGAAGAGCACUGUGGUUGUGGGGGAUACAACCCCGAUUGCAUUUCAGAUCCCUCCAAAUGUCAUCCCGGAAAUAAAGGACAAAGCUCUGUAAACCAACCAGAAUACAACGGUCCCGUCGAAAGUCCUCCGGAGUCAACAAAUGCCUUUGGUUUGAUUGCGGGCAUCUGUGGUGCCUUGCUUGGGGCUGCUCUCGCCUUUGCAUACAUUAGAGUCCACAAAGCACCUGCAGCCCAAUUUUCGACGCCAGAUGGCGGCGUUGUGGAACCUCCACCAAUGGCAUAG